GUCGCACUCAAACUUCUUUCGACUGCAAUAUCAAUGUCACCGACAACGAUGGCUGCAUCCUAUCUACUCCUGACACCGUGGCGCACCGCGUGUCCUGGAGUGGACGAUGCGUCGCGCGAUGUAGAUGUGUUGAUCAGUAACUUGCCCUAGAGACGGUAUUAGGGGAAUCUUGGUGGAUCUUCAAUGGCUCAGGUGAGUGCAGAUUGAGAUAUCUUAUGUAGUACUGUAACGACCCAUACGACCCAUGUACAUGUGGAUUGUGAUUUGUGUCGCCAGAUACUCAUUGCGGCGCCGUGCAUUCGACUCCCUUUGAUGAGCUGGAGCGAUCGCAAUGCAGAAAGAGGGGCUAUCUGGUUCUCUGCGGCCACACGUCACUCCACAUAUAUAAUGGAGAGCUCUGCUCACCGUUUUGGCCGUAUUCAUUUUCUAUCGACUCCCGAUCCUCUCAUUCACUCCUUCACUUCCAGAAAUGUGCCACUCUUCCUCUAACGACACUCUUUUCCCGAUCGCUUGUCAACGCCGUUUGCAACCGACUCGUCCCCUCACUAUCACAGUUCCGGUGCAGGAUCGCCUAUAUGUCGACCUUGGUCCCUCUUUCCGUGGAGCUGACCUUCUUCGGCGCUCAUACACUCGCUCAUCGCAUAGGCGGAUAAUGUCCCCCCCUGUUGGCUCGCAAUUCUUCGACUCUGACUCUGAUGGAACCGACGAUGAAUGGGACACCGAAGACGAAGCUCAGUAUCUCACUAUUCCUCCAGACUCCCUGUUUUACCACCAUCCUACAGCCUGGUUACUUUCCUCACCCGUACCAGGCUCCAGUGAAGGCAACUUCGUCUCUUUCGCCUGUGAUGCGAUGAGCGACGAGGAGGAAGACAUUGACAGGGCUGCUCAGAUGUUUCACGAUGAGCUUACCAGAUUCGCCCCUGGACUUGGCGAAACUAAGUUUGAUCAGGACUGUUUAAAGGAGUUGGGAUCGGAACUCAUCACUUCCCCCCUUCGGUUAUUCGAAGAUACGUUCUUCCAGACCUUGCGGAAGAGGGACAAUUCAGCACUUCCGCCAGUUCUGGCGCCUGAGAACUAUCCCACUUCUGGGGAGCCUGACAGUCACGACGAAAAAGACAGCCUUGCUUUGGAGAUACUGAAGAUGACCACGAACGCCCCUUCUAUUACCCCUUUCUAAUCCGACCCAGGGGGUCUAACAGCUCUGUCUCGAUGAAAAAGUAGUUGCCCCUUCAACCAGGAUGACCUGACAACGAGGAUGGGCAAGAUGAAGUUGACCCCGAACUCUUGUCCACUCACCUAAAAAGCGACAGUAGAGACGAAUAUUAUGACUGGAUACUAUUUUCGCGGACGCGACUAUCUAUGAUGGACAUUUUAUCAGUAUAUUACCAAUUGAUACCUUACUUCUUGAAUGCCAUCCACCUCGUCGAG